AUCGCUUCAGGUCCUGGCUAAUCCUCAAGGAUAUCUGCUCCCAAGUACGCUUUGAAUUACUCUCAAACUAUCGUCUAGGGCGUUUUCGACUACUGAGAGUGCCUCCUCGGCUUCCGACUCAAGUUCAGCGAUACUCUCUUCUCGCUGAUCGACUUGCCGCCAACAGACGGGAUUGCCACCCACAGCCGCCUUGACCGCAUUCCCAACCUACAAAGUGGAUUUAUUCUGGGCCGAGAAACGUGCGUCGGACGGGGGGGCUGAGAAAGCAGAGGGUCAGAAAAUGUCUCACCAAACUUCAACCGCGGCCCCUGCGUUAAGUCCCAAGUUUUGUUUCAAUGAAAGGGCACUCCGAGAGUUUCUGCGCCUCUCACGAUCGACGAUAGACGACUCGAUCACGCAGAAUCUCAAUGCAUUGUAUACUCCCGCGCGGGACGGUUUCGACCCCUCCUCAACGGCCGCCCGCCAGAUAGACCCCACAGCGGAGCGAACAAUCGAUCCGGCAGCCUGCGAAGGCUUCAAGAAUAAAGUGUUGUUCCCGUCAUGGCAGGCGAGAUCAGAUGUGCUCAGUUACUGCGCUGGUGUGGCAACGAGCCCUGACCCGGAAGAUCCGGACCUUCUCCUGCGGGAAGUCGAGUCGGCCAAGGACCGCGAGCGGGUGGUCGACGAAAGACUCGAUCCUUACUCUGCGCGGUUCUUUCCUCGCGAACCACGCACGGAAUCCCUGGCAUACCUCGUCCGGUAUCAAAGAAGCGUUGAAGAAAUCAUUCGUGCGCGGACCUGGGGUCUUGUGACGGAGCGAUGCGAAAGCUCAUCAGAGAGCUGGGAAGAAGCGCUGAACAAGUGGCGCGAAACCAAACGACAACCAGCGAAAGACUUGUAGAAUAUCAGUGGUAACAGGGUCGAUGGAGUCUCGCUUGGGAGUCUUCUACUUUGGAGGGUCGGGUCGAUUCCGGCCAGCACAAGCGGUCAUUUGACCAUGUUCGCUAGUUAUGUAUGUAAAUGACCAUGUAACAAUAGCAUUCAACGGCG